GGUGGGGUCCGUGCCUCACGGGGCAAAGCGCGAGCUCCGAGCGCUGACUGAACAGCUGGUGACUUUCUCUAGCUGCGAUACUCUUCUUACUACUGAGUGCAAGCUCGGCCAUUACAGUUUCAAUUGUUAGCGCGCGUAAGUGAUGUUUCCCAGUUGAUUUUCUCUUUUAUUUGAGUGGCUGCUGUGGCUCAGAGAAAGUGGAGGUUCCGGCUUCUUUGAGGAGGCAUGAGGAAAAAGGGGCACAUGGAAACGGCGUUGCCAGUCGCUGUCCUACUGCUUAUGCUGAGGUUCGGUCUGUGUGAAGAGGUGGAGCAUGCAGCGAGAGCACGCCAAGUCCCAAUGUCUCCUUCUGACUUUCUGGACAAGCUGAUGGGGAGGACAUCUGGUUACGAUGCAAGAAUAAGACCAAACUUUAAAGGACCUGCUGUCAACGUGUCGUGCAACAUUUUCAUCAACAGUUUUGGCUCCAUUGCAGAGACUACUAUGGACUACCGUGUGAAUAUCUUCCUUCGACAGCAAUGGAAUGAUCCUCGGCUGUCCUAUGCAGAAUACCCAGAUGACUCUCUGGACUUGGACCCCUCAAUGCUGGACUCCAUUUGGAAACCAGAUUUGUUCUUUGCCAAUGAAAAGGGAGCCCACUUUCAUGAGGUCACAACAGACAACAAGCUGCUCCGGAUAUUUAAGAAUGGCAAUGUUUUGUACUCAAUUAGGCUGACAUUAACUCUGUCAUGUCCCAUGGAUCUAAAGAACUUUCCUAUGGAUGUACAGACCUGCAUAAUGCAGUUGGAGAGCUUUGGCUACACCAUGAACGACCUGAUAUUUGAGUGGCAAGAAAACGGACCUGUACAAGUGGCUGAAGGGCUAACACUGCCACAAUUCAUACUGAAAGACGAGUCGGAUCUCAGAUACUGCACCAAGCACUACAACACAGGGAAAUUUACCUGUAUUGAGGUGCGGUUCCACCUGGAACGUCAGAUGGGCUACUACCUGAUUCAAAUGUACAUUCCCUCACUCCUGAUCGUGAUCCUUUCCUGGGUGUCAUUCUGGAUUAACAUGGAUGCCGCCCCAGCAAGAGUGGCACUUGGAAUCACCACAGUCCUCACCAUGACGACACAGAGUUCUGGUUCCAGAACUUCCUUGCCCAAGGUCUCGUAUGUUAAGGCCAUAGAUAUUUGGAUGGCAGUCUGUCUGCUGUUUGUUUUCUCUGCCUUGUUGGAGUAUGCGGCCGUCAACUUUGUAUCACGGCAACAUAAAGAGCUGCUGCGGUUCAAGCGACAUCACAAGAACAAGAGCAUCCACAAGAACAAUGGAGGUGCAGUUGAUCCAGAAGAACUAGCUGACAACCUCCAGCGUGUUAGGACAGACAAUGACCUGAGAGCAGCAGAACCUUUCUAUGGAUCUAUGAGCAACAUCUACACCAGCACCAAUAGGGAAGGGGAAGUGCAUGAGACCAAGCUGACCUAUACAGUGGCUGUGACAUCUACUCCCAACAAUAGCAAAGACUCCAAGACCAGUGUCAACAAUACAGUGCCGACUGCUGUUGGGGCUGUGGCCACCACGACCCAGAACACCCCUGGAGGACCAAUACCCGCAAGUCGAGGAUGUAAAAGCACUGAGGAGAUGAGGAAAUUGUUUAUCGACCGAGCCAAAAAAAUUGACACUGUGUCCAGGGCCGGCUUUCCCCUGGCGUUCCUCUUCUUCAAUAUAUUCUACUGGGUUCUUUAUAAAAUACUUAGACAUGAAGAUGUUCAUAAGCCUUGAAAACAGUUUCAUGUGAGGACACUCCUGUUGCACUGACGUCACUGACACACAAGGAACGCAUAGAAUACAAAGAGAGGAAACAUGAGAAGUCAGACUAGUUCCGAGUCAGAUUUUUAAUCUGUAGUGCCAGCUAGGAGCAGGAAGUCAUUUCAGGGAAGUCAUUUCAUUCUCUCUGAAACAAUGCAUGUAUGUGGUAUGGACGAAAUCCAUGGUGACCGUUUUUAAGAGUUUAAAACUCUUGAACCAUGUUACGUACAAUUUUGUGCACAUGCUUUAUUUAAACUUUCUUUUGUUGGUCUGUAACAAAUGAGUCCGCCCUCACAUUUCCACUCUCAUGAAGUCAAAUUGACAGGACAACAUUAAGUUUACUAUACGUAAAGGUAUUGAUUUGAGUCAUCAGUCAUCAUCAGUGCAUCUCUGCACUGUACCACACAUCAUGAUGUCAAUCAUAACUUCACACCGUGCUUCAUCAUGAGAGGCAUGUAGCUUAUGUCAUAGUAGGUAUAAGGCGUUAUUAUUGACUUAUUAUUAUUAAUUAUUAUUAGAGGUCUCGUAGGGAAGGGUCCACAUUUCUUCAGGUCCUUGCACAUCAAGCGCUUAUUUUUUGUGCCAAUAUUUCACACGUUAUUUUUUUUUUUCCAAACCUGCUGUUUUUCAGCACAGGCUUGCACAUCAGCAACGUCAUUUCGUCGAGCAUUUAUUUUUGGGGGGCUGUGUUCAAUUUUUACACCUGGGAUUGACUGACAAAGCCAUCAGGUCACUCACCCGCUUCACCGUAGACAUUGCCAGAAGCAACACUGUCAUAAAAAACACUGUCUCAUGAGUCAGAUCCUCCAGUGAAGACUCUGCCAAACUUUCAAACGGGGAUUACACAGACCCUCCAGGAGGCCUGAUCCGCCAGAGACCAAGCAGGAAUCUUUUAAUGAUCGGAUGACUCCUCACCAAGAAGUGGCCCAGACCCUGGUCUCCCACCGGAAUGGCAGCUGCAAAUACAUUCAAUGUAGAAGCUGCCCGUCCUUUAGCCAGCAUCUCCUGGAGAACGGAAAAUUUACCAGAAAAAUUACAACUAACCUGUGAGAGCGCCUCCUCUGGAACAGAACCUCAGAUAACGUCAGUGAUGCAUGAAGGGAACAUGAAAAUAUGCAUCUGUCAGGUCCACUGACAUCAUCCAGUCUCCUGACGUGACACACUUGAGAAGCUGUCUGACCAUCAGUAUUCUGAACGGACAUGAUGCAAUGUGAGUGUUUAACCUCCAGAAAUCCAGGAUGGUUGUCAACUUUUCUGAUCUCUUAGGGACGAGGUUAUACACUAAGUAAAACCAUGUCUUUCACUCCUCCAGCGGGACUUUUCGAACUGCCCGCUUUUUUAGCAGAGAAUUUAUGUCUUGUUCUAAGCACUGAUCCUGCAGUCCUGAGCAGGCCGUGCUGUGCCCCCCAUUGAACAUGAGAGGUCGGACACGGAACUGAAGCUCAUAACACAUGGCUAAUGUUCUGUCCAUCCAUGGAGAAAGAGGUCUCUCCACUCCGGGAGAAAGUCCGACAGACGGAGCCGAGUCAGGGUAACCGGCCAUAAGCACGGAUGUCUUCUUCUCCAGCUGCUCCGGGACAUUGGUACCAAACAGGGUGUGAUCUGUAGUUGGUGCUCCCACAAGGGUCCGUCUCUCCAGUUCCUUGAGGCCGGUCUUGGAGAGCCAGGUCUGGCCUGUGUCAUCAUCUGGAACGCCUCCAUCGUCUGGGACUGCUCCAGGAGCUCCUCCUCACUGCCCACCCUCUCAAAGACCGCCUUGACCAUGGCUGCUGACAACAGGGUCAUGUUGUUGGUGAGGUUCGGAACGUGGAGCGCAUGGGAGUAGGCUGUGGGAACACAUUAAGACCCACCUCGUUUUCAUGGAACCAUCCGUCGUCCUACUCUGUCAUAAUGGUCCAAACCAGCUUCCACAGACAAAGGAGGACAGGACUCGACCGCCGGGGAAGCAGGGUUCCCUGGAACUUGCUAGCAUUAUUGAUAACUCUUAAAAGAACAGCAUAAUAGACCCCUUAAAAUGAGGCAAGUAGCAUUAGAUGUUUUGUUUUGGCCUUAUGGAAAAGUAAAUUGACAACACACCCUACAGAAAUGGGUAACCUGACAAUUCAGGGGAGAAACAGCAAAAGCCAGUGGAUACUUGGCCUUAGAAUUACCAAACCACUGUGACAUUGUUUAUGCCAUUUGACCCAUGCUGUGUUAUUUUGAUUUCAUUGUGUUUGAGAGGAAACAGCUUGUAAUUCUUUCCUCAAAUACACAGUGACGGUGUGGCCCACUGAACUGUACAAACAUUGCAACAGUGAACAUUUUCUCAUGGCUUGAAACAGUAGAGCGUCAGCAUUUUCAGAUUUAAAUAUACCCUACCUAUUGCUUUACCAUGACACAGGUGAUUUACAAGUGAACAAAUAAACCAACAAGAACAAGACAAAUAUUAGUUCAAACUGACGGACAUAACGGCUGGGACUCACUCAUGAAGACCGAUUAGAGGAGGUCUGGCAUUAAUGAUACUAUAUUAAAAAGUGACACGAGAAGGGGAGAAAGAAGGAAGAUGCAAUGACUUGUUUUUGACGUUAAAUAUUUGGUCAGUAUGUAUUGGGUUGUUUAAUAUAUUAACCUAAUAGAUUUUAAGGUUAUUUAAUAUAUUUUGCACACAUUCUGAAAAAAGAAAGAAAACACACAAAAUGGUGACCGCUGGCUUUUGUUGUCUACUUUGAAACAAUUUGCUUUCAAAUGUUAAUCAGCAUGAAAUGCACUGGGUAUUCAGUCAUCCAAGCCAGUUCUUACCCCUUCACAAUGAUGUUCAAAGCACAGCCAUUUAAUAAAAAAGAAAAUCUUCUCUCUGGAUCAACUUCAUCACCAGCACGUUGCCCAUUUAGAUGUGACUUAAGCAGUUUGUUAUCGAUCUUAUACUUAAAGAUCGAUGUGCUCGCCUAAAACGUUCUAAAAGUUUUUGCAUAAAGGUUUUUGCAAUGUUUUUGCUGAACAUUUCAUAUAAAUCAACUCAUAGCAUUUGGAGUGACAAUACCGAGAAACAAAUAAAAACACUAUUCGUUGAAAGGUAAUGAUAAUUAAACCCUUGUGUUUCGCCAAACUCACCAAGUUGCACCCCAUGUGUCACAUAAACUCUGAUUGAAAUAUGCUUUCUCUCACUCUUCACUCCAGUUUUAAACGUCCACUCAAGCUCAGUGAAGCACAGUUUGUGGUCCAGCCCCCAUGUAAAAAUCUGAUACAUGUACAUGCUAUUUAGCAGUGGAUAAGCCAGUCUGUGAAUGUGUGCCUGUGUGCAUGCGUGUCGGGGGAGGGGGGAGUAUUAUGGUGCUU